AUGGAAUCUCAGCACAAGCUUUCCGAUGAUUCUGCUGAGCUUGGGCUAUCCGAACAUACAACCAGCAACGACUUCACAGCGUGCCUUCGCGAGGAAGGGCUGGAGCGCUGUCAUGUAGAGAAAGUGCAUGAUUGCCACGCAGCGAAAAGGCACAUUGAAGAUAUCCGCAGAAGAAAGGGUCUCGAUCUCCCCGAAGGACAAGAGUCUACUGCAAAUGUUGAAGAUCUUGAGAAUUCUCUGGAUGUUCUUUCAGACCAGCUUUAUUCAAAGCCUACCCAUUUCCUCCUUGAACUCAUCCAGAAUGCUGACGAUAAUUCAUACAACACUGAGACACCUACAAUAUCCUUCAACACCGUCGAGGGAUGCUUACGUGUUGCUUGCAAUGAGAAUGGAUUUUCUCCUGCCAACGUGGAGGCCAUUUGUCGCAUCAAGAAGAGCACGAAAAAGAAUCGGUCAGAAGGGUUCAUUGGAGAGAAGGGUAUCGGCUUCAAAUCUGAUGAUUUUCCUGUCUCGGUUGCAUCGGGCGAAACCCAUUUCCACCUACAGCUCUCCCUAGAGAAGAAUUGUCAAGCAGAGAAGGAUUUGAUCAAGCAACUUCGAGUCUUUGACAGUACAAUACUCCUAUUUCUGCGGAAACUCAAGAAAAUCGAGAUCAUCGUCUCCGACAAAGAUUGGAUGAAGCAUUUCACCAACCAGAUUACAAGGAUUGACUCAAAUGCACAUGGAGGAGAACUGAUUACCAUCAAGAAAAAGUGGACGAAGACCAAAAGGGCAGAUGAGACCCUCCAGUAUUUCGUCGUGCGACACAACACAAGUGAAAUGCCCAAUGAGCCGAAGAGAGAUGGCAUUAAGAUCUCAGAAGUUGUACUUGCCUUUCCCUUCAUUGAGCAUAAGCCUGCGUUCCACAUGCAAAAGGCCUACGCAUUUCUCCCAAUCAGAGAAUCUGGCUUCAGAUUCCUCCUACAAGCGGACUUUCUUCUCAUCGCUAACCGAGAGGAUAUUGAGACAUCGAGCCAAUGGAAUGAUCAUCUACUUGCCGGGCUGGCGGAAUGUUUCGUUCAAGCAGUCAAGCGCUUCAAUUCUGCAGAGGCUUUGGUUCUCCGCCAUACAUGGCCGGGCUUUCUUCAAAACAUGCCCCAUUCAGACGCCAACAGUUUCUCAUCUCUUGGAAACCAGAUUCUAGAUCGCCUCAGGUCUUAUCCCAUCCUAGAGUCUCAAGCUGGCACUUUCGUACGUCCUGUUGGAGCUUUCUUUGUUCCCCGAGCUUUUCGCGAUGAUGAUGAGCGCUUCAUCUUGAAUUGUGCUGGAGAUGGCCACAAGUACAUAUCGGCCGGUUAUGAGACCCACGAUAAGGAACACAUCGUGCUCAAGAUGAUGGGUGUAGAAAUCAUGAAGUUUGCUGACUUUAUCGACAUCCUGAGAAGCUAUAUGACUGAUCACACACAAGCGUUUAGAAAUCAAAGCGCUGACUGGCAUUCUUUGGUUGCCAACGUACUCUGUACACAAGCCAGCAAUACGGAUCUGCAGUCGCUUGCUAUCAUUCCUUUACAGACAGGACGUUGGAUAUCAAAAAUUGAUGGUCAAGCACACUUCGAAACUCCAGAAGCGAUUGUUGCCGGAAAGGUUCCUGAGGGUGUUCCAGAGCUACUCAUUGUAGACCAUGCGGUCUCUGAGCAGCGACAACGGCGCAAGCUGCUUGAGAAACUUGGUGUGAAGAACCUAAAUCAAGCAGAGGUAUGCCGAUUGAUCAUCAACUGUCAUGCGUCGACGAAGGCGCCGCAGCUUACAUUGGACGCUUACAUCUCGCAUGCGGCGUACCUGUUUGAGGCCACCUCUACAGGCGUCUUCUCACCGCGAGGCCAGAACUUCUGGGUACUGGACAAAGACGGAAGAGCACGCGUAGCGGCAAACAUGUAUCUUGAAAAACCCGAUUCCGCUCAUUCGAUCACUUCUCUUCUCGAUGGACCCUCGUGGUAUUCAUGCUUGCUACAUCCUGCAUAUUUGUUGGCGUACAAAAGCAAGAAAUUGGAAAGGUGGAUUAAAUGGCUCGAAACCCAUCUUUCCAUACGAACCACUCUCCAGAUUGCAAAUAAAGGAGAGUUGACUCCUGAAUUUCGGCAUAUUAGAGCAACGCAACCAUCGCCUGUGGUUCUCGAAAUCUUGCUGGAAUCAUGGACCAGAGAACCAGAUCAGUUGAACCCAGGCCUCAAACAAAGGCUUGGAGGAAUGGAUGUGGGCUGUGAGGGAAUGCAGGUAACCAAACAUCUGAACAGGACUUGCUUACCUAUACCCGCCCUCAAGGAUGUGGCACCACCUGGUAUUUUCUAUGUUCAGCUAAAUCUACCAUUGAAGCCGAAAUGGAAGAAGCUCCAAGAGUUCGGAGUUGUCGUUGAGCCCAACCUGGCAUUUUAUCUCCAGUGUCUCUCAUUGGCGCAAGGGAAUCCAGUCACAAAGGCUCAGAUGACUAAGCUUUACAAAAGCAUCGACAGUCAUUGGAUUGAGAACCCUAAACUUGUAGAUGAGCACUUUGCGAAGUUUGAUAGCCUUGCCAUCUAUGUGCCUAGGCGUAAGCAGUGGGUCCAUCGAAGGCAAUGCGCAUGGGAAACUGCCCCUGGAAUGGGCGCGGAAAUCGUUCUAGCCGAUCAAUAUCCAGAGUUGCAAUCGUUCUUUUUCCAUCGACUCAAGAUUCCAAGCGCGACGAUUGCCAAGGUCAUUCACAAGUUGUGGACCAAGACCGAUCACGCAUCUCUCGAUAUGCAACGUCGCAAAGUCUUGAUCUUCACUUUGAGUGACUUCCUUAGGAGGUCACCAGGAGACUACCACAAGCUCGGGGUGCUGAAAGAUGCACCUGUCAUGCCGGUGGCCGACAACAGAUAUGGCACAUCAGCAAUCAACCUUGUUUCGCUAAACAAAAUGUGGUGGUAUUUCGCGGAUCAACACCGCUACUACAAAUGUUUCUCGAACAAAGUGACUUUCGCAGACUUUCGAGUCGAAGAAUAUGCUCGUCUCGAACCUCUUGAUCAAGCUAUACAGCGAGUCUGGGGAGGGCACCAUCGCCUUUCGGUCUCAGUUAUGGAGGAAAAAGACCGUGGCUCUUCUUUAUCUCUUGAUGUUAGUAGCACAAACUCCUUGCGGCAGAUGGUGAAGUACUUAAGAAGAAUCGUAAGAGCCGCGAUUGCUAGGCAUAGCAAAGAUCUCGGGCGAAAAUUACAGCUUCUCAACCUCAUAUCGGUCUUUACUUCUCCCAACAUGGUUGUCAAAACCUCGGUCGUGAGGGGUCAGAUUGGUAAUACAACAUUAUAUGGCGAGACCAUGCCCGGAAAGAUGAUGCUUCGCGAAAUGCCGAAUGAUAUUCAACUGUUUGUGCAUCCAGCGAGCACAGUGUAUCCAUCAAAUCAAAUCAGUCAAAUCGAGGCCUAA